UUACUUAUACACUUUACAUCAUACCACUUUUCACUUAUACCACCACUCAAAGGACAUUUUCAUAAAUAACACAUUCAUUAAUUGGUAAAAGACUAAACUAACCUUAUCUUCACUUCAAUCUAUCGUCUCUUUCUUCUCCACCGUCGUGAUCCUUCUUCUCUCUCCUUUCGGAUUCACCGUCUCUCUCUCCGUCGGAUCCACCGUCUCUCUCUCCGUCAGAUCCGCCGUCUCUCUUUCCGAGAUCCAUCGUCUCUCUCCCUGUGGAGAUCGUUCUUCUCUCUCCGUUGAGAUAUGUCGUCAUCUCCGACGAGAUCCAUCGUCGUCUCCGUUGAGUUCCAUCGUCACUCUCUCUCACGCAUCUAGCGAUAAGCAAUUACGAGAAUCACGAUUCAAAACUUCAAAGAUGUUGGCUCCUCUCCACGAUUCACACUGGAGAGCUUUGUGUUUGGAGCCAGACAAAAACAAACAGUGCAACCUGGCCAUCUGCUUGAUGCGUAUGGGUCGAAUCCCAGAAGCUAAAUCUCUGAUUGAUGCUGUGAGAGAUUCUUCUGCAGAGAUUGAGUUCGGAGAUGAACCGUUCACGAAGUCUUACGACAGAGCCGUUGAGAUGUUAGCAGAAGUGGAAUCUAAAGAUCCAGAAGAUGGUCUUUCGGAUAAGUUCUAUGCGGGAUGUUCAUUUGCAAACGAAACAAUGAAGGAAAACAAAGCUCCUCGGAAUGCAAACAGGAACCACUCGCAUGUUCCUCCUUCUCCAGCAUCUGUUAGACAAACGUGAGAGAGGCUCUGUUGGUCCAAGGAUGGAUGAAACUGGCCCUUAUCUUCCCACUGAGAAGGUUGAUCAAUUGCAAAGUUCUGAUACAAGGGAAAGGAAGGUAGUCUUGCUGCAGCUUGGGUUCUAGCUAAUCUAUAUUAUCUUGCAUGUUAGAAACCUCUUAUAAGGGUUUAUAAAACUAUUUAUAAGAACUUAUAAAUCAUUUAUAAGGUUUUGUAAAUAUAUUUAUAAAAGUUUAUGAAUCUGUAUAUAAGGGUUUAUAAAAAUAUUAUAAGAGUUUAAUAAUCUUCAUACCACAAUUUAUAAGAGUUAAUAAAUCUUUUUCAAGAGUUUAUAAAUCUUUACAAACAUUUAGUAGUAAAAUAUUCAUAAAGCAAGUGUCUAUAAUUCUAAUAUAAAUGUUUGUAAAUUAUUAUAAUAAAUAAAAGAUUAUUUAUAAUGGUUUAUAAAACAAUUAAUAAGACUUUAUAAAAUCAGUCUAUAAAGUUUUUUAAAUAUAUUAUUAAAGUAUAAUUCAUUUAUAAGAGUUUAUAAAAUCAGUUUAUAAGGCUUUAUAAGGAUUAUAAAUAAUUAAUAAAUAUUUAUGAAUAAUUUAUGAAGAUUUAGAAAUCAUUUAUAAACCUUUAUCAAUAGUUCAUAUAUAUUUCUCAUGUGGUGGAAAACAGCAAGAUGAGGCAGCAGAGGUUCGUGGGGAUAUUGAGUUUGCUGUAUAUCGUUGCGUUCUUAGCUAAGAAUAAGAGCGAGUGUCUCCAAGAAGAAUGGGGAGUGUUGGAGAAGUCUCCGGAGGCGGCUUUAGAUGUGGAUCAGACGAUCUUUGUGGCUGUUUUGUGGUGAAUUAUAGAAUAUUUCUGGAUGUUGAAUCGUUCUUGAGUGUAGAUUUGCUCAUGAAUCAUGAUUGAACCUUACCGAGUCUAUAUAUAUAAUCUUUAGUUGAUUGUA